AUGGUGAUUCCUCAUCGCAGCACGACGCUGAUCACCACCGUCGUCUUCGUGGCGCUUCUUCUCCUCAUAUUUUCCUCCUCUCCGUCCCCGGAUCCAGAGUCUAGCAAAGAGGAGGUGUCCGGGCCAGCAAAAUAUCUUCCUCACCCAAAAUUUCCUUCUCUAAGUGAUCUCCACCUUCCCUCUUUCCACCCGACCGCCCAUACACCACCGGAAACGCAGCCGAACAGUACGAGCGGCGAAUCCAAAUGGUUCAGCAAUUGGGCCUGGAUCAACCCGUUCUCGUCCUCCAUCACGCUUGACGAGAAUAGAUCUGUCCUUCCACCUCUCCGACACCGUCCCUACGUGUACACCUACUACGAACCGAACAAAGCCAAUGACCAAGACGCGGAGAAUGCCGAUGCUCAGCUACUCCUCGCCUGGCGCCGAGCAUGGUUUGCUCAAGGAUUUCGUCCUGUCAUUCUGGGCCGCGGAGAAGCCAUGAACAGCGAGUUCUACCAUAUCGUGCAGACUCUAGAGGUCAAAGGCAAGCUGGAGAAGGAGCUGUACAGCUGGCUCGCAUGGGGCCAUAUGGGCGAUGGGCUCUUGGCUGAUUGGCGUUGCUUCCCAAUGGCGAGAUAUGAUGACCCAACGUUGUCUUAUUUGCGCCGGGGUAGCGACCCGGCCUUCAUCACACGGUUUGCGCACAUUGAUAGCGGUCUCUUUGCCGGCGAGAAGAAACGGAUCCAUGACGCCAUCAACGAGGUGAUCAAUCGGCUUCAGGAUAAAUCCCAGUCCAAAUCGUCCAUCCUGGACUUGGUCCCCGCGGAGUUCUUCAAGACCGAGGAACAGAGCUCGAUUGCGUACUAUAGCUCCGCCUCUGUGCACACGAACUUCCCCAGUCUGGCAGAGAAGAUGAUGUCCGCGCCGACGGAGGGCCGUCUAGCACUUGUAGAUCUGAUUAACUCGCAUCUACACAGCACGUUCCAUAAUUCGUUCCCCGCAGGUAUUGCGGUUCUAAAGCCUUUUGCCGACCACACUACGGCGCUCGUGGAGCCGGCCCUACGGUUGUCAAAAGCACUGGCUCAAUGCCCAAAGUCACCUAAGCCGGACUCUUGUCCCCCGAACCUUCAGACCUGUCAUCCCUGUGACCCAGAGAAGCCGAUGCAUGUGACCCAACCGGCUACAUACCGGAACACGACGCAAGUCUUCACCAUCGGUACUCUGCCUCACCCAUUCACCCUCAUCAGUUUGCAACAGAACUCCGUGGAGGUUACUACUCGACACAUCCGUCGUGAGACUGAACGCGACCCUUGGUUGAUGGAAGUGACCAAGGAACAUCUGGGCGGUGAGCUUGCAGGAUCUGCUCGAGCGCUUGUUCUUAAGAAGGCAGUUGCAGAUGAUGCUGUAGUCGGGACCUCCCUCUGGAUGACUGUUGAGUCUCUUCCGCCGGAGGCGGGACAAGCCCUCCCCUCUGAUCUCCUGGAUGAGUUUGAGUGGCAACUUGGUUUCAAGAUACCUCGCAAUACCAACGUCGAUGCCAAGAAUGAAGGGGAAGCCAAGGAUUCGAUGCAGAACGCCAAUCCUAGCAAGGAAGGUGUGGGGAGGGAGUAUGAGAUUCUCAAACAGGCUCGGGAGGUUCUGAAUAGCAGAGAGGCGCCCCGGAUCGGCAUCAAGGAGGUCGCCGAAGCUUGGAACUUGGCUGACACGGAAAUCUGGCGGUUUAUUUUUGUGGUUUGCAGAGCACGAAGUGUGGUUGAACGGAAGAAGUGGGAGGAGGAAGAGAAAGACUUCAUUGGUGCUCGACCCCGGACAUAA